CGCCUCGGCCUUCCACGCUUAAACCAGAGAGAGGCGAAUCUAUACAUCGCAAUCUUACCCCUUGUAGCGCAACCCUCCUGCUUACCCGGUAGCUCAACGUUUUAUCCUCGAGCCUGCGACCUUUGAAUCGGGGGACGCGGGGGCCCUGCACAGCGGCCUCAUCCCGUAUACCUGCCGUUCUCGCCCAGCAUGUCCUCCACGCUCAUCGACGCCGCGCAGUUUGACUCGAUACCCGAUACCAUCGCAGCCUUUCGCAAUGACGAGUUCAUAGUCGUCCUCGACGACCCGAGCCGCGAGAAUGAGGCGGACCUGAUCAUCGCCGCCGAGAACGUGACGACGGAGCAGAUGGCGUUCAUGGUGCGGUACUCGUCGGGGCUGAUCUGCGUGCCGCUGACCGCGUCGCGGGCGUCGACGCUCGCGCUGCCGCCCAUGGUCGAGCGCAGCGAGGACCCGCGCGGCACGGCGUACACGGUGUCGGUGGACGCGGCGGACGCGUCGGUGACGACGGGGAUCAGCGCGCACGACCGCGCGCUGGCGGCGCGGCGGCUCGCCGAGGCGGGCGCGACCGCGGCGAGCUUCCGGCGGCCGGGCCACGUGUUCCCGCUGCGGGCGCGGGCGGGCGGCGUGCGCGUCCGCCCCGGCCACACCGAGGCCGGCGUCGACUUCUGCCGCCUCGCCGGCAAGCCCGAGGUCGCCGUCAUCUGCGAGCUCGUCGACGACGGCCGCGAGGUCGCCGGCUCCGCCCUGCGCGAGGGCGCCGGCAUGAUGCGCGGCGAGGGCUGCGUCGCCUUCGCGCGCCGCUGGGGCCUCAAAGUCUGCACGAUCGCCGACCUCGUCGCCUACCUCGAGAAGACGGAGGGCAAGAUCGAGGCCAACGGGAGCGCGUGACGGCGAGGCGGGACUCGUUCUGCUGCUCGUGUUCGGAGUGUUGGAAACCCGAUGUCUCGGACGUCCUAGAUUCCGUUUCACAGCGGGUACGGCACUGUGGGCGUAAGCAGUGCAGGAGACGAGAGAAUGUAACUAACGGCUGUAAGGGGGUUUUAUUACUACUAGA